UACUUUCAGCGGAGGAGGGAGACAGUGGGAGGCGCAAACUGCAUCAUGCGACAUCUAAUCGAAAGCAAACUUGACAAGGAAAUAAAAAAAAUAUCACUCGCGAGCCAUAUUGGUCCUCUCCUGCACCUGCACACUUCUAACUUAAUUUAAAAACUUGAACAGACGUAUUUAUUUGUCCUGAAUUCGAAAAGUCUGCUCAGUCAUGUCAAAGAAAUCAACAAUGAAAAUAAGCAGAGCGAGUGCAGGGAAGGUGGAAAUCUUCCGCCAGUCCCUGUAUAAUGAGGCAGAGAAUCUGUUCUCCAACUACAUCCCCCAGAAGAUAGUACAGCUGGAUGCUCUGCUGAUGGAUGAUGCCCUCAGUAUCACAGACAUGUCCUCGCUGCAGGCUCCCCUGGACAUCCCCAUACCAGACCCUCCUGCCCCGGAGGAAGAGGAAAUGGAGACGGAUAAGAAUGAAGAUGAUGAGAAGAAAAAGAAGAAAGCUCCAAAAUGUGGCUUCAUCAAGGGGAAUGAGAAGAUUAUGAUGCUUCUAGAGAGGGUGAAACCAGAGAUAGUUGCUUUUAGAGAGACCAUCAUCACCGUCUCCUGCUGGAUUCAGCACCUCAUCCCAAAAAUAGAAGAUGGAAAUGACUUUGGGGUUGCCAUCCAGGAGAAAAUCUUGGAGAGAAUCACUGCAGUGAAGACCAAAGUAGACGGUUUUCAGACCAACAUCAACAAGUACUUUUCAGAGAGGGGGGAUGCGGUUGGAAAAGCUUCCAAAGAGACUCAUGUGAUGGACUACCGCUCGCUGGUCCGCGAGAAGGACGAGGCCAUCUACUCUGAGAUCAGAGUCAUUGUUCUCGACAUUCGCGGCUUCUACGCCGAGCUUUACGACAUCAUCAGCAAGAAUCUGGAAAAGGUGACCAAUCCAAAAGGAGAGGAGAAACCUUCCAUGUACUGAAGCUGGAGGAGGGGGU